CAUGAAGAGACUCACACCACAACCUUCAAAAGAAUUAAUCUGGAAAAACCUCACUCAGUUCCACGAUUGCUCAAUAAUGCUGCACGCUUAUUUGUGAAACUUCAGUGGACACGCAUGAGGAUCAGAGCGAUUUCAGGCUUUGUUUCUAUGAAGGAAAUAUGAUGCUGAAUUUAUUAUUUCAGAGCACAUGUAAAGAGUGAACAAUCCAUCCGCAGUCUACUUCAUCCAGGACGCCCUUCAUCCAGCAUGCUCACUGCGACUGUAGUAUUUCUUCUCGUGGGCAAAGUCUUGUCUACACAGGACUCAUGUCCUUCAGGGGCAUUCACGACCAGUGGGGAGUGCUGCAAACAAUGCCCACCUGGGGAAGGGAUGGUGAAGCCUUGUGGAGUGACACAGACAGUGUGUGAACCGUGUCUUGACAGCUCGUCCUUCUCUGAAAUCUUCAGCCACACGGAGCAGUGCCAGCUGUGUACACCAUGUUCUGAACUCAUGCGCAUGCUGACGCCCUGCACUGAUGCCAACGACGCGUUGUGUGUCUGCGACUAUGGGUUCUACUUCAAUAAAAUGACGGGCCGCUGUGAGACCUGCACGGUGUGUCCUGUGGGCCAGGGUGUGCUGAUGCGCUGUAAUUUUGACCGUGACACGGUGUGCGAGGAGUGCGUGGAUGACACGUAUUCAGAUCAGGAGUCCUCCUUUGACCCCUGCAUGCCCUGCGCUGUCUGUGAUCAGCCUGAGAUGAAGUUGAGAAGCUGCACACCUGUCAGUGAUGCUGUCUGCCAAGAUGUAGAUCCUCCUAACACCUCAAGAUUUCCUUAUUCUCCUCUUCCAUACGUUACACCUUCUCUUCCUCCUUUUUUUUCUCCCUCUUAUUCUUCUUCUCCUGCUCCAUCAGUUGUCUCGUAUACAGACAAGUCUCCUCCUGACAGUCCUAUGGAGAGCGUGACCACGGCUGACCCUGGGCUGAAGAGACUUGUGCUGAGCGAAAACCUCAUUCCCAUCUACACCUCCAUACUGGCUGCAGUGCUGUUGGGCCUGGUGGCCUUCAUCAUCUUUAAACGGUGGAACAGUUGUAAGCAGAACAAGCAAGGAGGCAAUAACAGAGCGUGCAGUGCAAACCCCAGUCAGACCCCUUCUCCUGAGGGAGAGAAACUCCACAGUGACAGUGGUAUCUCAGUGGACAGUCAGAGCUUACAGGAGGGCCAGGGGCCUCUACAUACAGUGGUCAAGAUAUAUGGAGGUUCGGCCCUGUCGAUGCCCUUACAGACACGGGAGGAGGUUGAGAAAUUGCUAAAUCGUACAUGUGAAGGGGAGGAGUCAGGAGCCAAUGAGGAAACUGAUUGGUGCAGCCUGGCAGGGCUACUUGGAUACAAAGAAGAGCACAUUGCUAAUUUCAAGCAGGAAGAGAGGCCCAUCCAGGCCCUUCUGUCUCAUUGGGCGAGUCAGGAUUCGGCUAACAUUGAUGCACUUUUCACAGCACUGAAGAAGAUCAAUAGGGAGGACAUCGUGCAGAGCAUCACAGUUAAACCAACUGCUACAUCUACCGUAUGAGAAAACAACAGCUUGCAAACACACACAUGCUCCCAUGCUGUAGAUGCCGAAAUAAACACCUUACAUUGCCUUCAGCAUACUUCGAUGUUGAUGUAUCACCUGUGAAGUUGAUGUAUCACUAUAUCCUUAACUUUAGGCUGUAGACUGAAGUGGCGUUUCCCUUUACCCUUGAUUAUGGCCAAACUGUGUUCAACGAAUGCACAAUUUAGUAAAUAUAGUUUGCAUGUUCCUUUAAUUUGAGAAAAGCCAUACGGGCUUGAACAUGGAUAUUCAUGUCUUUCCUGAAGAGAAUUCACCAUAAAAGACUCAUCAAAUCAAAAUCAUUCAUUUUAUAUUUAACACAUUUCAGCAUCACGACUAUACAAACUACACACCACAUCCAGCUUUAGCCUACAGAUUAUUCCUCCUUAGUAUAAGUUUAAAUGUUUUUAUUUAUUUUUUUUAGCAUUCUUUAAUUCCAUUUUUCUGCCUCUAUACAGGAACCUCUAUGUAACAUCCAUAAUGCAUAUGCUUGAUAUGUCAAAUAUGGCCAGUUCAGUCAUUGUCUAUGCAUUGAGUGUACCAUUACCACAAACCAUAUCCACUGAUUAUAUCCUGUCAGAGUUUGACCUCUGACCUCACUUGUACACAGUAGAUGUUGUGCUCCUGUGCUUUAAAUACAACCAGAUACAGUAUGAGAAGAAUCAGUCAUAGAAAAAUGAAUGAGAAAUCACUACGCUCUAUAUGAAGACUGUAGAAAUUGUGAAAAUUGACAGUUUUUCUGUGUCAUGUGAGCUAAAGAAGCUAGAUUUAUGCUGCCACUAUUGUCAGAUUUUUUGCUUAAUUUGAUUGUAAACUAAACCUUGAGCCCUGAUUUACUACUUGUUAUUGUCAGUUAUUAGGGAGAGGGACAUUCUCAUUAUAGAGAGCAUUGGAUUGGACAAAAAAAUUGUGUAGCACUCAAUAUUUUCUGUGGUUUAAAUAUGAAUAUUUGAAUGUCAGCUUAGAAGUAUACUGGCAUAUAGAUAAACUCAAAGCUAUCAUGGGUCUAUAAAAUGACUCUGACAUGAGUAAUCAACUGCAUUUCUUGGUUAACCAGGUCUAGUAUUUUCCAUAUCUUAUCAUUUGUUGUGCCAGUAACAGAGAGAUUAAGAGAGUUUUUUUUUUUUUUUGCUGAGCGAUGCAAUGGUGAAGAAAAGAAACAUCAGAGAAGUGUCAAACUACACUGAAAAACAUUAUAAUUUGGAUCGACUUAAAAAAACAACAACUCUAAUUUGUUACAGCCAAAUUUAUUUAUGGUUUGGUUCGAACUUUACAUUUUGAAUUACUGUUGAU